UUUAAAAAUAAAAAAUAAAAAUUCCAUGGCUACCGCUGUACAGGUCUCUGGCCAACUCUUCCCGCCAAUCCACACCUCCGGCCGCGGCGGAGGGGUUGGUUUCCGGCGACUUGGAACCACCACUUGCUUCAUCUCCGGUCUCAAGCCCAACAAAAUCCCGUCGAUUCCGCGGCGGCGGAUUCAGCUGAGGAUGAGUCUUCAGGUGGACAAGGAGAGCCCUCAGCCGUCGCCGUCGGCCGACAUGGAACGGCUCGUAGAUUUCCUGUACGAGGAUUUGCCACACCUGUUCGACGAUAAGGGCAUUGAUCGGACGGCGUAUGAUGAACGCGUGAAGUUCAGGGACCCCAUCACUAAGCACGACAGUAUCGGUGGUUAUCUCUUCAAUAUUGAUUUAUUGAAGGUUCUCUUCAGGCCUAAUUUUGACCUUCAUUGGGUGAAACGAACAGGGCCAUACGAGAUAACUACCAGAUGGACGAUGGUGAUGAAGUUCUUGCUUCUUCCAUGGAAACCGGAGCUUGUAUUUACAGGGACAUCUGUCAUGGCUGUCAACCCAGAAACUGGCAAGUUCUGUAGCCAUCUGGACUUUUGGGACUCUAUCAAGAACAAUGACUACUUCUCUCUAGAAGGUCUAUUUGAUGUACUUAAGCAGUUACGGCCAUAUAAAACACCUGACUUGGAAACUCCAAAGUAUCAAAUUCUGAAAAGAACGGCAGAUUAUGAGGUCAGAGAGUAUGAACCCUUCAUAGUGGUGGAGACAAAUGGUGACAAGCUCUCCGGUUCAUCAGGAUUUAACAACGUUGCUGGCUAUAUAUUUGGAAAGAAUUCCACGUCGGAGAAAAUACGCAUGACAACUCCGGUGUUUACCCAGGCAACAAAUCCCGAACUCUCUGCUGUGUCCAUCCAGAUAGUCAUUCCAUCAGAAAAAGAUCUGAGCAGCUUACCGACGCCUAGUGAAGAAAAGAUAAACUUGAAGAAAUCCGAAGGCGGGUUUGCUGCCGUGGUUAAAUUCAGCGGGAAACCUACGGAGGAUGUCGUGCAGGUGAAAGAGAGAGAACUCAGAGACAGUCUGAUUAGGGAUGGUUUUAGACCUAAGACGGGCUGCCUGCUUGCUCGCUACAAUGAUCCUGGUCGAACACGGGACUUCAUAAUGAGGAACGAAGUUAUUAUAUGGCUUGAAGAAUUCAGUCUUUGAUUGAAGGUUCUUCUUGUGGAGUUGGGCACUUGGAAGAAGCAACUUAUUUGGGUUUCUUUGUAUUAUUUUCGUGUAUGUAAUGAUUUAAUCACCACAUUUCGAGAAGUAAAUGUCAAAAACUAAUAAGGUACAAUAUAUAACGUAGCGAAAACACUAAAUAGCUCUUUUUAUAAAGUCUAGAGUCUAGACAAUGUAGACAUUACCUGAUCGAUAUAUUCUUAUAUACCAUUAAAAUA